GUAAAAUCCUAUUAUUAGUAAUUCCCCGAACAAACCAAACUUCCGGUUUGAAGGGAAAAUGGAAAUUUGCUGAAGAUAAUGCAAAACAAGAGAUAACAAUUAAUAGAAAGAACAAAUAUUGAGAUGGCGUUGGCCACUAAGUUGUUGGCAAGAAAGAGAGUGGUAACCUAUUUGCCUAAUCUGAACAGUGCUGUAAAGUAUGUACGAUCCUUCUCCAUCAGCAGUGGCAACAACAAACGAGACGAAGAUGAAUUUUUUCCUGAUGAAUUUGCUCAAGACCUAGGACCAUUUGGACCUCUGAAUAAGAGAUUACCACUCCCAGGAUCCAUUGGACCAAAAUUUGAAAAUAAACCUUAUCGUGUUGUUACCAAGAGUUCAGCCAAGGCAAACCUUGUUAAACCAUUUCUGGAAAACCAACCUGAAUAUCGACAUUGUGAGGUGUUGGAUCAGCUAGCUUUGUUUCAGGAAGAAGAUGGUUUCAUGACAGAAGAUUCACAUAUUCCUCAUCCCUCUGACAGACUGGAAUACGUUGCUCAGGAAUGUCCCCAAAUCAUGAAAUUAGAUUUUAAAACCCUUUUUCCCGGCCGUGACAUCAUGAACGGUACUUUGACCCUUGUGACAAUCAGCCAGAAGACCGACAAUGAUAUGACCGCCUGGAAUACGGAUGUGGAUGAGGAGAGGGAGGCACUAUUGGCAGCUUUUGUUCAGGGAGCAAAGGAGAUCUGUGAAGUUCUGGAAAGCGGGGGCUAUUGGGCCGACUUCAUCGACCCCUCCUGCGGAAAACCAUUCCUCGGCCCUCACACAAAUGCUACGCUGUUUGAAACCGAUGAAGUUUAUCGUAAAUUAGGCUUUGAGAUAGAAGAUUUGGGAUGCUGUAAGGUUAUCCGUCAUCACCUGUGGGGGACAAAAUGCUAUGUAGGGUGUUUGUUUACCAACGCUCCACUCUCGCACCCUAUCAUAGAAAUGAUGACGGACUCCUAACGACAACGAUUCCGCCGCGUCUUUCAUGUGUGUUUAGCAGUAUACAGUGAGGCAACCUAUUGAUAUUCUACUUACACAGGCAAUUUUUUCCUGAUACUAAAUUUAACAGAAAAAAAUAAAUAAAGUGCGUGAGCUUUAUAUUAGGAAGAUUUGCCUGUGUACUUAUAGAAUUGGAAGGGAAAUAUUUCUUGACAGGUGUUUUAGAAGUUGGAACAACGUUUUAACUCAUUCACCCCUGAAAUUUCAUAAUGAACUAUUCCAACCUUUGAAUUGGAAGAGUUCAAAUGUGUCUUCAGUGGUGAAUGAGUUAAGGUUGAUCUGUAUGUUAUUGCAAUGUGAUUAUGUGUGCCAGUGAAGAGGAUUUUUUGGUCUGCAUUUGUUAUAUAUUCAAGUUUUGUUUUUGAGAUUUGAUCUUUGAAAAAUGCAUAGUACACUUCCAGUUGGAAAUUCCUUACAAAUUGAGAUAAUUAUCUACUUGGCCUUUUAAUUUGGCUUAACAUAUUUCCCGUAUCAAGGAAAUAAAAUAUUUUUGACCUGGGAAAGAGGUAUUUGAAUUUUUACCACACAUUACUCAGACAUAAAGAAUACCAAUUGUCCAUCUGUAAUCUAUUUCAUUAAAAAUCAUCUGAAAUAAUUUUGUAAUUCAUCUGUAGAUAACAGAAAAUUAUAACAGCUGCUUUAAAUAUUGAGUGCCCAGAUCUAUAUAUAUAACUGUUUGAAUCAAUGACAUGCUGUCUUGUCUCAUUAAAUGUGUAUGACACUUGUGUUUGUUGAUAUGAUAGUUAAGUUAAGUAUUGGUGUUUUGAAGUAAGAUAAUUCAUGAAUGAGUGUCAAAUAAAAAGAGAAUUCUGAGAA